UCAUUCUUUCUUGCACGGCUCUUCAUUCGCAAUCGACCUUUCCGUCGCACAUACGCUCGACCCCUGAAUCGCACCGAGAACCGCCACCGAUACCCCCCAACGACCACGCAGGAACACGCAAGCGUCGCGUCACAGGAAUAGACAGAUCCGCCGCAAUGGCCGUUGCAAUCAACGACCGUACGGUGGAGUUCCGCCAUAUCGUCACCGCCGCCCAGCGGAAACAGGCGGCGAAGCCGGGUUCGCAAAGACUCCUCAGCGAUGCGCAAAAGAGCGCGGCGACCGGGGGUGCGCCACCGCGACGGUCCGAGUUUGCGCGACAUGCGGCAGAUAUCGGCAGGGGAAUUUCGGGGACGAUGGGAAAACUCCAAAAGCUCGCGCAGCUGGCCAAAAAGAGAUCGCUCUUUGACGAUAACCCGGUCGAAGUCAACGAGUUGACCUUUAUUAUCAAGCAAGACCUAUCCCGCCUAAACGAAGAUAUCCGGAACCUUCAGGGCUUAUCCAAGCAGCUGCAUCCGAAACCGGAUCAGGAAGGGGAGAAUAACAAGAACAUUCUGUUGCUGCUGCAGGGCAAACUGGGGGAUGUCAGCGCAAACUUCAAGGACGUCUUGGAAAUCAGGACAAAGAAUAUCCAGGCUUCAAGAUCGCGUACCGAGGCAUUCGUAUCGACCAUGGGGCAGCACGCACAAGCAUCCCUGCCGCCCUCGGCGUCUCCUCUCUACGGCACACCAAGUAGGGGGACGCCGUCGCCUGGCGCAGACCUCAUCUCGCUCAACCCGAUGGGGGGCGACCAACAGCUGCAGCUCCAGAUGAUGGAAGAAGGCCAAAAUACGUACAUCCAGCAACGAGGUCAAGCUAUCGAAGCCAUCGAAUCUACCAUCAACGAGCUCGGGUCGAUUUUUGGGCAGCUCGCGUCAAUGGUUAGCGAACAGUCCGAGAUGAUCCAGCGCAUCGACGCAAACACAGAAGAUGUCGUAGACAACGUCGAGGGGGCGCAAAAAGAGUUGCUCAAGUACUGGUCUAGCGUGUCGGGCAACCGUUGGCUCAUAGCCAAAAUGUUUGGCGUUUUAAUGGUAUUCUUCCUGCUCUGGGUGUUGAUCGCCGGGUAGAUGGCCAACGCGGCCCUUUCUUUUCUUGUACAACACCUUUUCCCUUACUACUCACGGCUGCGUCAGCAUAGACUAUCGCAUGGUAGACAUUCGUAAUAGGGAUUUAGCGCAUCGGUCGAGCCUUUUUUUUUUCAUCUUUUUGGGUUGGAGGUAUCGUGUCUCGUAUCGGCUACCGUGUAGAUGGCAGUGCAGAGGAAUGCUGGGAAUCGGAGGAACUGCCGUCAUCAUGUCUGAUAUGUGACAUGGAAGGUUUGGUGAAGAUGGAUGGCAUGGUUGUGGAACGGUCAAAGGGCGACUUGCUCCCUCGUGUGUAUGGUAAUUACGUGACGACAACAAAACAUGACGAGCGAUGACCGAGCAACAUUUCAGCGUGUUUCCGAGCGGAACCAAUUUUCCACCUAUCACGGCAUCCAAGUUGGCGCUUGCAUGAGAU